CCCCGCGGAUUUACGGCGGCUUCUCCGCCCUCCCCCGCUUCUCCGGUGCCCCCCCUCCGGGGGGAGGGGAAGCGCCCCGAAGCCCGGAGCUGGCGGCGAGCGGCGGCCCCGGGCGCGGCGAGCGGCGGCGGGCAGGUGCCGGGGGCAGCCGCCGCCGCGGCGCCGCGCUCCGCCAGCGCCGGCCUUAACCGGGCCGGGGCCGCCGCCGCCGGGGGCCGCUGCCGGCUCUGCCCGCUCCUGCCGGCCCCGCCGGCCCCUGCCUUGGGACUUACCUCACGCCUCCGCCACACCUCAGGACGAUAACGCGGAGCCCGCGGCCGCCGCCAUGCCCGACUCUCCGGCCGAUGUGAAGACGCAGGCCCGCUCCUCGCCGCCCGGCAUGCCCCCGCCGCCGCCGGCCGCCGCGCAGGGAGCCACGCGCCACCCCUCCUUCACGCCCAGCACCAAUCGAGACGCUGGCCCUCCGACGUUUCUGCCUCGCGGCCGUUUUCAUGGUUGCUUGAAAUGGUCGAUGGUCUGUCUUUUGAUGAACGGGAGCAGCCACUCUCCGACCGCCAUCAACGGGGCUCCGUCCACCCCCAACGGGUUCAGCAACGGCCCGGCCGCCUCCUCCAGCGCCUCCCUGUCCACCCACCAGCUCCCUCCGGCCUGUGGCGCCCGCCAGCUCUCCAAGCUCAAGCGCUUCCUCACCACCCUGCAGCAGUUUGGGAACGACAUCUCCCCCGAGAUCGGGGAGCGGGUGCGCACCCUCGUCCUGGGGCUCGUGAACUCCACCCUCACCAUCGAGGAGUUUCACGCCAAGCUCCAAGAGGCCACCAACUUCCCGCUGCGACCCUUCGUCAUCCCCUUCCUCAAGGCCAACCUGCCGCUGCUGCAGCGGGAGCUGCUGCACUGCGCCCGCAUGGCCAAGCAGACCCCGGCCCAGUACCUGGCCCAGCACGAGCAGCUGCUGCUGGACGCCAACGCCUCCUCCCCCAUCGACUCCUCCGAGCUGCUCCUGGAGGUGGGCGAGAGCGGCAAGAGGAGGACGCCAGACAGGACCAAAGAGAACGGUUUGGACCGAGACCCCCUGCACCCCGAGCACCUCAGCAAGCGGCCGUGCACCAUGAGCCCAGCGCAGCGCUACAGCCCCAGCAACGGGCUGAGCCACCCCCCGAACGGGCUGGGGCACCCCCCGGCCGGCCCCCCCCUGCCCCAGCACUACCGCCUGGAGGACAUGGCCAUGGCACACCACUACCGGGACACCUACCGGCACCCCGACCCCCGGGAGCUCCGCGAGCGCCAGCGGCCCGCCGCCGUGCACGGGACGCGGCAGGAGGAGGUGAUCGACCACCGGCUCACGGACCGGGAGUGGGCGGAGGAGUGGAAACACCUCAACAACCUCCUGAACUGCAUCAUGGACAUGGUGGAGAAGACGCGGCGGUCGCUGACGGUGCUGCGGCGGUGCCAGGAGGCCGAUCGCGAGGAGCUCAACCACUGGAUCCGGCGCUACAGCGACGCCGAGGACAUGAAGAAAGGCAGCCCGCCCUCCGCACGCCCCCACAACUCCUCGUCCGCCGCCGCCGAGGCUCCCCAGUUAGAUGCUCACCGGGACUUCGCGCCGCGGCCGCUCUCCGGGUACAUGCCCGAGGAGAUCUGGAGGAAGGCUGAAGAAGCCGUGAACGAGGUGAAGCGCCAGGCCAUGUCCGAGCUGCAGAAGGCCGUGUCGGAUGCCGAGCGGAAAGCCCACGAGCUGAUCACCACGGAGCGCGCCAAGAUGGAGCGGGCGCUGGCCGAGGCCAAGCGCCAGGCGUCCGAGGAUGCCCUCACCGUCAUCAAUCAGCAGGAGGACUCCAGCGAGAGCUGCUGGAACUGCGGGCGCAAGGCGAGCGAGACGUGCAGCGGCUGCAACACCGCGCGCUACUGCGGCUCCUUCUGCCAGCACAAGGAUUGGGAGAAGCACCACCACGUCUGCGGGCAGACUCUGCAGGGGCUGCCGGGCCCCGCCGCCCCCGGGCCGGGCCAGCCCGACGCGGUGCCCGCCAUGGCCAGCAGCCCCAGCGAGGCGGGCUCGGUGGCCGCGUCCCGCGCCGGCACCCCGGCCACGCCGGCGCCGCUGGACAGCGCGUCCCGCUGAGCCCCCGCGGGCUGCGGAGCCACGGACUGCACCCGGUGCCAUUUCCUCAGCUACCUGACUCGUGUGACCUCCGAAACGACCUCUCUAGCUCUCACAACUAAUCCUCACGGAUCCUCAAACUGGGCUUUAAGUGGAGUUAAGGCAAAUACCGGUCUCUGUUCUUUCUUCAGUCUUUGUUUUGGCUUUUUUCGGUUGGUUUUCUGUCGGUUGGGGGAUUGUGGUUUGGGAUUUUUUGGGUUUUUUGGCUGGUUUUUUUUUUUCUUUUUUUCCUUUUUUGCUCUUUGGAUGAGGGAUUUGUCUCCAGCCUCACCAGGCAAUGCUGAGGUGAGAGACCAGCCCGAUCCCAUCCCCCAGCAGCACUGCUGAGGGGCUCACUUGGAGGAGGAAAGAACCUUCUUUUCUUCAUCUCUCUCUUCCUAUUUUUUUUUUCUUUUUACCUCUUUUUUUUCUUUUGUAAAAAAAAUAAAGAAAAUAAAAAAGAAAACGUCGGACUCUUUGGCUUUAAGUAAGAAAUUGUAAAAAAGGAAAAAAAAAAAGAAAAAGAAAGAAAAAUC